AUGGCUUCAGGGGCACAGGCCGUUGAAGACCCCAUCGUCAAGCAACUGCAGGAAUACACCACAUGCGACGUCGCAGAUGCCCUAGUUAAACUCAAAAUCUCGCACGGCGGCUUCCUGCCAGGCAUCACGAUGUGGUCGCCGCAGCGCCAGGACGGAACGACCAAGAUGAUCGGGCCGGCGUACACGGUACAGUAUGCGCCGAAAGAGGAUGAGCGACCCAAGUGGCCGAGUCAUUAUAUUGACUCAGUCCCUCGAGGCGCGGUGGUUUUUGUCACGUCAACACCAAAGUCGUCGAAUGCGCUGUACGGCGGGCUGAUGAGCACGCGGGCCAAGGCGAGCGAGGCGGCCGGGUCGGUGAUUGAUGGGCGGUUCCGCGAUUUGCAGGAGCAAAAGGAUCUUGGGUAUCCGGUCUUCGCCCGCGACGUGGGCACCACUCCACCCGGCCCACUCUUCAAGGUGGUGGGGGUCAACGAGCCGGUAACGGUGGACAACGACGGCCAGGACGUGGUGAUUCGGCCCGAGGAUUAUCUGAUAGGCGACGUCAACGGCGUGGUGGUGCUGCCGAGGGAGUUGGCGGAACAGGCGCUGCCGUUGAUGAAGAAGCAGGUUGAGGCGGAUUCGCAGAUGGCGGCGGCCAUUGCGGGGGGGAUGGGGUUUGCGGAGGCUAGUAAGAAGUUUCGCUCGUAG